AUGGCAUCCAUCCGACCCUCCAAGGAUAUCCUCGCAUUUCCGGCCCAGAAUGGCAGGCAGUUGAGCACUCCGGCGCCCCGCCCAAUCGCCCAGUCGGACAUAGCAGAGCAACCAGCCGCUCGAAAUGGCACAUCUUCCCCCUCCGGUCCACCCGCUCUUCCAGAUGUGCCUCAGACUCCCGGUCAAGCUCACCGCGUUCUAUCUAUCGGUACAGAGCUUUCAUCUACUAUCCGAGCCGCGAAACGUUUGCAGGCGCCCGCAGAACCCGCGAUGACCAAAUCCCGAGAUGCAAUAUGCGAACUCCCUCAGCAAGGAGGCACCAACACUAAGAAACCCGGGCAGCCCGCAACGCUUGUAGGAAGCUCCACCUUACAACAGCCGCCCGCACUCGCGUCUCACGUCAGCGUUACUCCCAUGUCCUGCCUCGGCACCUCCGCUCUUCCAGAGGCCGCGUUGGCUGUACUCGAAUGGGUGCUGUUUGACGGGCUCACGCAUCCGGCCGCCGCUGAGCUCUUCAAUAAGAAGAAAUAUGGCUUGGUCCAAGAUAAGCCCAUCACGAGGCACGCGAUCGGAUAUUACCUUCGUACAUAUGGGAAGCAGUGGUAUGCUGAGCAAAACGUCGUGAGGCCUUGGCAGCUAUAUUCGACGGAAGAGAAGCGGGACCUUAUCACCCAGGGUCUGGGGCUGGAGGACUUUCCUUGCGUGCAUCCGCGGGAUCGGGAUAACGAUGCUGGAGCGACGACGAACGCUAGGCGUGGGAGCGCACUUGACACAGCGUCGGUAAGGGUGAACAGAAGCCGUCUUAGAGUUCCGCGACUGGAGCCCACGCCUCAUGCUACUACUUCUCGAUCGCGUGGGAUCGCCACCGAAAUUCCACGCGCGCCUGCCCUCCUCACCUCAGAGGUGAUGGCCCCGUCGAACGGACUGGAGACACACUUCAGGGCUAGCAACCCGCCAUCCGGUCAAGAGCAAGCAAUGUCACUUAGGAGCGGGGAAACCCUGCUUGAAGACCCCGUCCACGAAGGUCUCCCUCAGGAGAGCGUCGGCUGCAGUGAGCGAAGUGAAAGUUCGGAGAUUGAGUUGAGCCCAGAAGCGUCCGCUAUGAUGAAUGACAUUAAAGCAGAAAUUCUCCGAAUAGAGUCAGCGUGGAAGAUGUCCUGUCAGGCUGGCGAUGCUGCGGGUGCCGACGAACUUGAGGGUGCCCUGCAAGAGUUGGAGAAUGAAGCUGCCGCGUUAAGCAAGAACCACUAUGUGCAGUGGCGAGCUACGACAUGGUCGAAGAAUUGGUGGCCAGAGAUGUGGGAGAUGGAGAGGCAUAUGGGCUGA